AUGGCGAGACUUACUCCGUUGCCGCAAAAUUGGAAGCCCCCUUCUCGUCUGAUCUUUGUCGAGCAACCUCCAUGUCGUUCUAGCCAGACGUCUUCUCGUGGCAACACGAAUACGAAAACCGACAACGAUGGAUCGAGUUGGAGAGACUCCUUCUUCAAGAUCAUCGAAGGCGGCGCCACAGCAUUCGGCUCCGUUCUCAUUCUCGGUCUGGCAGGUUACUCCUACAAUGCCUACUACAAGUCUCUUGUCCUUCGAAAAAUGGAAAACGCCUUCGGAGCUGGCUUUUCGACUCUAGAGCUUACAGCCCUUGGUCGUCAUGUUGCACCAGAUCGGCUUCAGGCAGAACUUGCUUCGCCCUGUCACGAGGGUGACGAGUGGAUAACGAGAGACGAACAAGACCAUAUUGACAGAAUGGUGAAUGGAAGCACCCAAGGCCACUACCACCUAAUCACGGGCGAAAAGGGAACCGGCAAGACCUCCAUGAUUCUCAGAGCAAUGCGACAAGUCCGGGGUGAGGGCACAGCCAUGCUAGAGGCGCAUGGGGACCCCGAAGUAUUUCGCUUACGACUCGGAAAAGCUCUAGACUAUGAGUUUCAUGAGGACUACAUUGGAAGUCUGUUCAACUUCAAGGGCCCUCGCGAUUCCACACCCAUCCUUGACAUCGAGAGAGCUUUCAAUAAGAUGGAGAAGGUGGCUCUAGACCGAAAGGCCAGAACAGACAAGCCCCUGAUCCUCGUCAUCAACCGCAUCCACCUGCUUCGGGAAGAUGAGGAGGGACAAAACCUGCUGGAACUGAUUCAACAGCGAGCGGAACUGUGGGCGGCAAGCCGCCUCGUUACUGUGAUUCUAAUUAGCGACGAUCACAGCACCAUGGAGCGGCUCAAGUGGCAAGCUACCCGCCUGGCAGUAUCAGACGUCCACGACAUGCCGCGAAGUCCCGCCCUGACCACACUAAAGCAAUACCGGGCAAAGACAUUCCACGAAGACGUACCGCAGGACACCCUGGACAGAGUCUACAGCAAGGUUGGUGGGCGCAUCAGAUUCCUUGACCACGUGGCCCGGUCUAAGGACAUGCUGAAAGCUUGCGACCUGAUCUGCGAGAAGGAGAAGCGCUGGCUGCUCGGCCAGUGCUGGAUACUGGGCGAAUACAUGGACGACGAUGCCGAAGACCAACAGGAGUACUCGGCAGCAGCAAUGGUAUUGGCCAAAGCCCUGGUUGAGAAAGAGAAGGCGAUGCUUCGCGAAGGCAUCAACGACGGCAGGCUUCCGGAAAUCCCACUUCACGAAGCGAGACAGAUCAUGACUAGAGCCGACUUCAUCCAGAGGCAUGACCACGUCAACAUAUUUUCCAUCGACUCGAAAUCGAUGGUUCGCGCUGACUCGGUCCCAAUGCAGAAUGCGUUUCGGGAGAUUUGCUCGCAGGAAGGUUUUGACGAGCAUCUCCAAGCAACCCUUGAUAGACUCGAUGAGUUGGAGGGUCUUGGGAGAACCAGGGAAAUUGUCAUGAAGGAUCUGGCAAACGAUGGCCAGUUCCAGGCGUUUAUUCGCCGGGCUCAAGCUAACGGGGACCCCUUACUGGUCGCCAUCAAGGCUGCGUCACCCAAGGAGGGAGACGACUGA